AUGCCGACAUACAUGAGCUACGGAGACAUAUUAGUUAAGACAUAAUAGUUUUCUAACUCUGUUAGUUAUUUUCUCUGUCCUAAAAAAAUUAAAAAAAAAAAUAGAGUGCAAUACUUUGGAUAGAGUUAGACAUACACUUACAGUUUGUAGUUAAGAGAAAAAACCGUGAUCCACACACUGAUCCAGGCCCAAAAACUCUAUUGUAACUUAUUGGGUCUUUUAAAGCGACUGGAGCCCAACUAGUUUACAAUAACCCGUCCAGCUAAGCCCAAUAUAGUUUCAUUCUCGAUCUGUUUUUCUCCUGAAAUUUUCAUUGAUUUUCACUGCCCGCCGUUCUGGGUUUUCUCUGUCCGGCGUCUCUACCGAAGCCCACCUACCUCCGCCGGUGAUCCCAGUUCGAAACCUGCUAUCUCUCAACGCAAAAUUUAGUUUUGAAAACUUGGGAUGCAGUUAUUGUAGGAAGCAACAAAUGAUUUCAAUCAAACAUAAAAGGGUAUCAUAGUUGGGCGGUCUCUUCAUCGAAGGUUUUUAGCAGCUGUGAAAUGCCAAUGAAGUAAAGAAUGAGAAGCAGUAGAAGACUAUGGGACCAAUUUUUCAAGCGAUUCAGACCCUCCCCAAGCAGGCCCUUUUGUACCAGCAACAAAUCCGACAAACCCAACAGUGGCAACACCAACAAUGGCACUGAUGUCGGCAGGGAUUUCGAUGUCGAAGAGGCUUCUUCAUCUAUCAGCCGACAAGAAGCUUACAAGAAGCUUGAAAACCUCGAUUUCAUGACUGCCACCAAAAUUCUCUUCACUACUCCCCCCAAAAGAAAGAAAUUUGGGCUUGAUUUCCAUCUGGUACAACUGUUCUUUGCCUGCCUGCCUUCAUUCGCCGUAUAUUUGGUGGCUCAGUAUGCUCGCUCAGAAAUGAGAAGAAUGGAAGCGGAACUGGAGGUGAAAAAGAAAGCUGAAGAAGAAGCGAAAGCGAAGGCUGAAGAAGAGGAGAAAGCGAAAGAGAUGGAACUAAAGGCAGCUGAAAGACAAAAAGAUCCUCAGAUUUUAGAGGUAAAGGAGAGACUAAAUAAGUUGGAAGAGGCCAUAAAGGAAAUUGCAAAUGAAUCAAAGAAAAAAACAACUGAUUCGGGAGAAAAUAGUGAGGCUGAAAAAGUUGAGGCAAAACAAUACACGGCUGGAAAGCCGGAAAACAUUGGUACAGACGCUAGACAUUCUACUUCUCAUGACACUUCGGGCAAGGGAGCAUAAUGAUUGGAGCAGCGGCCCUUUCAUGAUUAAGUGAAGAGAGUUUUGGUUUACCUUAGGAUACUGAGUUUUGUUUAGCUGCACAAUUUCUAUACUUGAAAACAAUUGACUGUGAACACGGGAUAUUUGAGGAAGUAGAUCUGUAUAAGAAGUGAUAGGUAGAUAUUUAUGACAGUCCUCACUUCAUUGGCCCCUGUAAGUGAUGCGAAGCUUUGAAUUUAUUUUCCAGUUGGAGGAAAUGGGGGAAUUCUGAUCAUGAAGCCAUUUUUCUGCUCUCAAGUGCUCAUCUUCUCCGCAUUGAAGCUUACUUUUAUGGUCUGCCUAUUAUGUAUGCUCUUCUUUGAGAAUUGAAUGAUAGGAAACUUCAGUGAAAUGAAACUUUUGAGAAAAGCAUGUAGUUCUGUAGCUAGCCAUAUAUGGUAAAUCACUGCAUUUGUAACGCAAACGACCACCUCUGUUUGAUACUACUC